AUGCGCAACAUCGCCUUGAUCCGUAACCGGUGCAGCGACUCACCCAUCAAGGACGUCAUGCUGAUGACCGACUUCUGGGACGAACUUUCCCACCACGCCGAGGGCGAACAACGCCACCAAGAACUCACCUCCCGCCGCGAGUGGAAGGGAUACAUGGUCUCCAAGGGCUCCAAGAUCCGCCAUUUUCUCAACGACGAAUCCUCCGUCCUCUCCAUUCUCAGCGAGCUCAUCGACAAACCUCGCGUGACCCUAGAAAUCCAGAAAGAAAUGGUGGACCAGGGCCUCGACAUCUUCAAGGCCAAAGCCGGAGCCGCACUAAACCACGAACUUGCCGAACUCACCAAGAAACACCCAAGCAGAACUCGCCCGCUUAGGACAAGAGAUGAAAACUGCAAUCCACGGACACGACGAGGAAAUGCGGGAAGCACACGCGAUCGAGCGCGACCCUAA